AUCGCGCAGCCUCGCGGGGCGCGGAGCGGUGCUGCCGUCCGACCCCCCCGCGGUCGCUGCCGUCUGCGAGGCGCUCGAUCCUCCGGUUCGAACGGCGUUGCCAUCUUGCUAAGAAGGGUUUAAAAUAUUCAUUCGCUCGGGAGACGGGGAUUGCUGCCGCUGCCGCUGCCGCUGCCGCCAGAGAUAGGGAUCUCGGCUCCGUCCGUCGGAUCGUAAUCUCCUGCGUGCUGGGAACGCGCAGAUCGACCGAGAUAAGCGCCUGCUGCCCUCCCCAUCUCUGCAGCCCUCCGAUAAAACCCUGCGCAGGAGCUGCCGGGCAGAGAGCCAGCGCAGCCAGCGGGCCGACGCGUCUGUUGGGUGGCAGAGCGGGGCAGGAGGUGGGGACGCUCCUCUGGGAGCAGAGCAGGAGAGGGGUGAAAACAAGAGGCAACAUGAACGUGGGAACGGCACACAGCGAGGUGAACCCCAACACCCGUGUGAUGAACAGCCGGGGCAUCUGGCUGUCCUACGUCCUUGGCAUCGGCCUGCUGCACGUCGUGCUCCUCAGCAUCCCCUUCUUCAGUGUCCCCGUGGUUUGGACUCUUACCAACAUCAUUCACAACAUGAGCAUGUACAUCUUCCUACACACCGUGAAAGGAACCCCUUUCGAGACGCCAGACCAGGGCAAGGCACGGCUGCUGACGCACUGGGAGCAGAUGGAUUACGGCGUGCAGUUCACAGCGUCCCGCAAGUUCCUGACCAUCAUGCCCAUCGUGCUGUAUUUUCUAACCAGCUUUUACACCAAGUACGACCGGAUACACUUUGUCAUCAACACCAUCUCCCUGAUGAGCGUCCUGAUCCCCAAACUGCCUCAGUUCCACGGAGUCCGGAUCUUUGGGAUCAACAAAUACUGAAGUGUGCAGAUGGAGGAGCAGCGGAGCUCGGGGACGUUCCUCCUCCCCGCUCCCGUUCCCCCCUGCCCACACACACUGGGAUAGUUUCACAGCAGCUGUUUAAACGCAGUACCCAAUAGACAUACACCGCAUGCUGGAUCCUCGUGCCCAAUAAAUCUAAAGAAGCUCCAGAGUAGAGUUUAGUGAGGAGCAGGAUGCUGGACUUCUUUUAUUCCAGCGUCAUAAAUAGAUGCAGAUACACCGAGACUCCAAGGUACAAAGAGGAUGAAUCGUGGGAAGGUUUUCGUCUAUCCCAGGUGCGAUGAGAACAGGGCUGAGGGGAGAAGCUUUUAGUGCUGGUACUAUUGCUGUGGUAAAUGCACUUUAACAUUAUUUCCCUUUCUGAGGCUUUGGUGCUUUAAAGCGAUACGCGAGGAAAUCGAAAGGGACGCAGCCAAACUCUCCCAAUAUUUGAUGGUUUCGGGUUUUAUUUCCACUUCUUGGGCAGAGGAAGAGAGGGAGGGGAACAGAAAUGACAGAUUUUUAUUCUGAAAUUUUUCACGCCGCUGGGAAAGGAAGUUCUACUAAAAGCAGCAUAGGAAAAAUGAAACGACCUGCACUUGGAGACAGCUUUGUGCUUUCUGUGGGACCAUCCAUCCGGUCCAGGGAAGAGGUCCCAGCUCACAGCUGCGGCUUCCAGCUUGGAUGACUUCGCUUCCCAUCCCAAACCUCUCAGCUUUUCAAGCGCUCAGGCAGCGAAGCGUUUGGACGAAGGACUGAGGUGCAGCUCAUCGGAAUGAUGGACUGCAGAUGCCCCUGAGCUGCCUGGUGCACGGAGACAGCAUGAGCCUGGGAGGAACCAAAGAGUGACGGGUGCAGACCGUGCGAGAGCCGGAUGGCUGCUUUAGAGGUUGGUGGCAGCGAUUUGAGUUCUUCUCCUCCAUCCACCCCCUCGGUCUCCUCAGCCCACGCAGCUGUUAAUGAGAUCUGCCAGUUCUCCAAUUAACUCAGCACGAAAGUCUCCACGUGGCGACGAAGCGCUGCAGACCCCCGGGGCUGAUCCCUGCCGGGGGGGGGGAGCAGAGCAGCGCUGAGGAGCAGCACCAGCAUCACACUGACCUGACCGAGAGAAGGGUCUUUGUGUCACCAAAGACAACGGAUGGUUUUGUACAGGAAUAAAAUCAAGCCUUCGUCCCCCUACAACCACCACUGGAACACAGGAGGGCUGCAGGUUUUGCUUUCAUGGCCAAGAUGCCUUUCUGCUGUUCAGAGCAAUUGGUUUUUCUUGCAAGCUGUGUGCCAGGUGAAACGUGGUUUUGCUCAUGCUUCCCCUUACAGAAACCUGCAUUUUUUGUUGUCUCAGUGCUUACGUUUGUCUCACACAGGCAAUGGUGAAGGCGUUCUAAACAUGCUGGUUUGUUCUUCAUUAGCCGAGUCUAGCUUGGGAAGUCAGAGUGGGUACUGAGUUCUGUGUGAGGGUCUGAGCGUAGGGCACAGAGGAGCUCCAAGAUCUGCUGUAUAAGAUCUAGUACUACCCCACGCAUAAUAUUAGGCUUUACUUCUGUCCCAUACUCACCAGGCUGCUGCAGGGAAGGGAGAAAAGAGUUAACAUUGCUCAGAGCCUUGCUGGGAUGCACGGGGCCGUCGCCUGAUAGGUGUGAGCAAUGGAAGUGUUUGAAGUGGAAAGGAAGGUAGGUGAGGGUUGGUAUUUGAGUGCUGAUCUCCAGUGAGAGCUUGGCAGAUGUGUGGUUACCUGCCUGGCUGGGGGUUAAACCACCUUGACGUGAGGACUGCUGCUUUAGUUAAGGUACUAUAGACCCUAAAGCUGAUGUACUCUUUAAGCUACCAGACAAUGACUUUGGGGAAAGAAAAUACUUCUUUUUUUUCACAAUAGAACUGUUUUGUCAAUCAAUACUUUGGAAAUUAGGAAGGAAUGAACCUGGGAUGCCCAUGGGCACAGUGCUGCAGCAGCUGCUCCUAACAGGGCAGCCCCCCAGAGCACACGAACCCAUGUCCCAAUGGUAAACCUCCAGGAGAAAAAACCACUACUUGUUUAGGCUUAAUAAAAAAGGGAAAAAUAUAAGCUUUUAUGGAGCAAAAGUCGUCGUUACACCUAAAGUGCGUUGGCUUAAAAACAUGACUCCCAUCCGCAGGGCAUCUACUGAUUGUCUCUAGGUGAUGUGAGUUACUCCAGGUCAGAGCAGUUGUGAUGUUCUGGGGCUCAGCUCCAUCACAGUGUUACUGCUGGGGAUCGGAGCAUCCACUGUUUGUGCUGCUCACUGACACGAUGGACACCCGAUUCUCUUCUGUUCAAUUAAAGACCAUCAAUAAAACAAUACAGAGUGGAAUUACAGACUUCUGGCAAAGGCAGGUUUUCAAGCCCAGAGUCCAGAACUCCUCGUGGGGCAAAGCCUUAAUCAUAAUAGCAAACUUUUCCCAAUUUAAUUAACUGGGAUGAUGAAAAUAGCCAUUACACAGGUGUCCUCACCUGGGGUUCCGUGGCAGAUGACAUUCUUUACGAGGCACGUAGAGCAUUUUUGCUGUGCAGUACCUGAAGUUAACUUGGACUUACGCAGUUAAUCCGAUCAAAAGGAAUAUUAAUUAAAACUGGAGAAACGUAGAGCUGAAGGAUGUGGUGUUGCUAAUACGGUGCGUGAGGUGGUUCCAUCAGAUUAAUGGCUACUUGAACAAUUGCUGAUCUCAGAUCUUCCUUCAGAUCCCAUCCUAAGGGGAGGUGCCAGAAUUAAAAAUAGGAAAGGGACCUUAAAGAACAGCACUGGGUGCUGCUGGGCGAACCACACUCACUGCUCUGUGCCUGGAUCCUCCCUGCCAGCACUGCUGUCCCAGGGAGCCCCUGCUUAAGGGUCUCUGCUGCAGUGCUGUGAAAGCAGAGCAGCAUCCCUGGGCCUCCUGGAGCUGCACUGAAGCCACUUCUGCUCUAUUUCUGCUUGUUACGUUCUUACAGAAGUGAGCUCAGUGCACAAAGGCUGGUCUUCCCGACAGGGGGAUCAGUGAUGGGCAGCGAUUUUAAAUGGGAUUUCGAUCCUCCUCUCCAACCUGUGCUGGUUCUGCGCACAGCCACGAACAAACUUCAGCUGGAGAAUAAAGGAGGACUCCCUCGUGGGACUGCAGGUACCGAAAUCCUUUGGGGUUUUUUCUUUCGUCCUGCCAUAAAUGCAGGACAGCUUCAGAUGAGCACCACUUGAGGUCACCCUCAGCCAUGCACACAUCCAGCCCUGGGACAGCAGGAAGCAAUCAGGCACGACUGCUCUAUCAGUCAGGGCUCCUACCCUGCACUUCCCAGUGGGAUUUCUCACAGUCCAAACCACUGCAGGAA